AUGAGACGAAGAAGAAGAGGAAGUGUGGACUGCAGGAAGACUGAAAUGAGACGAAGAAGAAGAGGAAGUGUGGACUGCAGGAAGUCUGAAAUGAGACGAAGAAGAAGAGGAAGUGUGGACUGCAGGAAGACUGAAAUGAGACGAAGAAGAAGAGGAAGUGUGGACUGCAGGAAGACUGAAAUGAGACGAAGAAGAAGAGGAAAUGUGGACUGCAGGAAGACUGAAAUGAGACGAAGAAGAAGAGGAAGUGUGGACUGCAGGAAGACUGAAAUGAGACGAAGAAGAAGAGGAAGUGUGGACUGCAGGAAGACUGAAAUGAGAUGA